CCUUCUUGCGGAGACAUUCGUUGCAUCCCUCACUGGUCUCUGAGCUACACAUCAACCAUGUACUUUUGUCCAACCUGCUCAAACCUCCUGCUAGUGCAGUCUGACGGUGCACAACAACAGCUUUAUUGUCAGACAUGCCCAUAUAUCUAUCCUGUCGUCAAGACUAUUGUGCAAAGGAAGACAUUGGACAGGAAGCAAGUGGAUGAUGUACUCGGAGGAGACGAUGCAUGGGCUAACGUGGAUCAGACGGAAGCAUCUUGCCCGAGAUGCGAACACGACCGAGCAUACUACAUGCAGAUCCAGACGCGCUCUGCGGAUGAACCCAUGACGACGUUCUACAAGUGCUGUGACCUUAAGUGUGGCUGGCAAUGGAAGGAGUAAAAGCGACUUAAUCGCAGAGAAUUUGAUCCGCACCAUCACUAUUAGCUGGCCUCCGAGUACGCCCAUUCAGUGUCAAAUGCCAGCCGAUACUCUCCUUUCAUCCUGAUUCUUGCCAUCGCAAUUGCAUACCUCAUUCUUCAACUCAAUAUUGUACCAUAUCAUAAUAAUAAACCCGUUCGCUCAAUGAACGACACUCUCAAUCGAUGGCAGCAGGGCUAAGCACUCUUCAGUCUUCGGUCUUUUUGUGCGAUACGCUACCUCUUUGCCUGCGUGAAAAAA